UUUCUCGAAUGCAGGAUUAAAUUCGUUUGACGAAAAAAAAAGCAUCCUCGCGAGGGGAAAAGAAAAGAAAAGGGAUUGACACAGGAGGAAAAAAUAAGAAUCAGGUCAUCCAUAUAUUAGAGGGCCAAAGCGAGGAGAAUGACGCUGACCCCGGUGCCCGUCAUUAUUUUGUGUGUGCUGGUCGCCGUGGCCCAGUGCGGGCAUCCGUAUGCGGAUUUCUCGGACGAGUUCCGCCCCAAACGCCAGCAGCAGCCGCUCAACUUCGGCGGCGGCGGCGGUCCGCAGCGCCGCUUCAACGCCAACAACAAUCGGCCAGGCAACCAACAACGCCCGGGUCCGUUCCGCCAGAAUUUCCAACCGCCACAGCAGCAGCCUUUGUUCGACGACGAUUCCGGACCUUUCCGACCUCAGCAAAGACAGAACAUCAACCUGGAAAGACCCAAGGUUGCUGAAGGAACAAAUUUGCAAUUCCCACCAAUGCUGAAACGUGCAGGCGGUGGAAACAAAAACAACAACAACAACAAAGCCAAUAAGCCCAAUAAUAACCGACCUCAACUCCGACCCCAAUUCGAGGACAACAAACCCAAGUACCAGCAGGAUGAACCCGAGGAAGACGAAUACGGACCCGCGAUUAACAAUAAGCCGCCACAGCCGCCAGUCUUUGAAGACGAGCCCGAACAAGAAGACAGCAACUAUUACGACGAAGAGGCACUAGAAUCGCCGCCAUCGCCGCCACCAGCAGUAACUGAGACUAGGCAGCAGCAGCAGAACAACAAUAAUGAAUUUAGGCGGUCACAGGCGCCGGCCAGAAACAAGUUCAGCAGGCCUAAUGAUCAACUGCCGGUGUUUGAGUUCGAUGAGGACCCCAUUGAGGCGCCACCUCAGAGGCAGAACCGACCAGCUAACAAGAGAGUCAACCGACCACCGCCGCCCCGUCAGGAAGAAUUCAUAGAUGAACAGGAAGAGGCAUCAGCAGGAAAUGCUGCUUCAUCAGAAAAGGAAGAUGAAAACAAGCCAGAUCGCCAGGCCAUUUUACUGCAGAGCACCAGGUUCCAAUGUGCUGGCAAAAAGAAUGGCUACUAUGCAGAUGAGGAACUCAAGUGCGAGGUCUUCCACUAUUGUCAAGAGGGGGCGCGUAGUUCCUGGGUCUGCCCCGAGAAGGCGCGGUUCCACCAGGUUCACCUCAUCUGCAUGCCCGAGGGCGAUGAGAACAUCUGCAAGAUGUCUUCCAAGUACCACUUUGUCAAUGAUUACUUGUACAAGCCCAUCAAUGAGGAGGAGGAUGGAGGUACAUUGCAGUACUCUGAUAGAUACUACCCUGAAGGUUACCACGCUGGCGCCAACAUGGAGCUGGAUGGCAACGUGAGCCCCCAGGUGCAGCAGCGAAAGCACAACGCUCAACACAAACGACCAUCAUCAGGAACGAAUCAACAACGCCGACGACCUGCGGAAUACUUUGAGGACCCUGCAGAAGAAGCAGAAGAAGAAGAGCCCAACAAAUUCAGUUUCCAGCAAGCUCCAGCUUCCCCACGUCGCUCGCAACAAAAGUCGCAACAACUUUCUUCCCAGCAGGAGUUCCUCAGGGCCAGUCAGAGCCGGACCAAAGCUGGCCCUAGUCCGGUUCGUUGA